UCUGCUCCCCUCCCCCAAUUCCCCAAUAAAAUCUUUAAAAAUAAAAGAAAAGAAAAGAAAAGAAAGGGUUUGUUAGACCUGGGGACCACUGUGUCAUGUGAAGCCCUCAUUAUGUUGAAGAGGAAACUGAAGCCAGAGAGGGAAGUCUUUGAAACUUUCUUCCCAAAUUAGAGCUGUGAAUUGGAGAGGAGUGAUGGGGAAGGGGAAGUAUAUAAAGAUCUUUUCUUAUUUUGAACAGACAUCAAAAUAACUAAAAGAUUUUUUGGAACAAAUGCAAGUUGAGUCUACCUUUGGUGAUGAACCAUAUGGAAUGCACCUGAUACUCACCUGGUUGGGAGGCCAAGUUCAUCUACCUCCCCAUGAGCUAUGUGCCCACCUUCCUGGUGAAUGCUGUAGUAUAUUGGAGCUUCCCAAGGACUAUCAAGGCCCUGUGACCCAAGACUGGGCUGCUCUGGGGGUCUAGUUGGGGUUCUAUGUGAGGGUUGAUGUUUCAUGGGGAAAAAAUAGGGCAGCAGGAGUGGGCUCUCCAGCUUCUAGUGUCAUGUAAUUUACCCCCCUCCUCACCUCUGCCCCAGGUUUCUCCUGGGGCUCCGGAGACAUCAGGAGGAAAGAGCCGUUUUGAUGCUGAGGAACAGGGACCUAAUACCACAUACAUGUGCUCUGUUCCUUGAGCAGCCUCUCAAGGCUCUGAGACUCAUAACCCCGAAUCCUCGUUUUAGGGAGGGUGUGAACACUGGGAGGGGUCUCAGUCCCUCUGCUCUGCCUCUAUCUACCUCUUCAGAGUGUGCCUCAGCUCUGGCCAGUCUCUCCCUAUCACAGAAUGGAAAUGGCUGGAGGAGGUGACAUCCCCUCUCCACUGAAGAUACCUAUAGACAGAGGUGGAGGUGUGGAGGGCAACCGCCAGGCUGACCCACCAAGGAGACCUGUCUUCUGAGGGUGGGCAGCAUUCUUAGCCCUAGGAACAGGGCCUUCUCUGUGAUUCUGCAGCCCUCCAAACAUACUCCACAGCUUGCAUUUUGUGAUGUUGGAAUAAGAGCCCAGAGGAACAAUGCCUUAGCCAGCGGUUAGUAGAGAGGUCCAUGAGAUGAUGAAUCAGGUGCAGGCCUGUAUUGGGGCAACUCCAAGUCAUCCCUUUCCAGAUCCAGAGGUAACCCCUUGAUCUCACCUGUCUUCUUAAGAGCUGGGUUACUCCCGAGCCUGCUCACCUCUCAAAUGACAUUGUCUGACAUCUCCCAGCCAAGACUUCCUUGUUCACUCACCUAGGAGGCAGAGUUGGGAAAUGCCUCCUAGAUACAGUGUAGGAGGUGUUGUGCCUUGGGGUGGUUAUGAAAUAGGCAAGGUUUGCUUCUAUCACUUCCCACAUAGGCUUUGGGUUUUUUCCCCAAGGGUGGGUCCAUGAUCUGACCUCCCACCACCCUUGGCAUAGAAUGGCCAAGGUAUCUGGCCUUUUCCAAGUGACACCUGUUUUAUCUGAUUCUGGAGCUGAUCAACCUUGGUAGAUAGUGGAACAUAGAGACGCAUCCUGUACCUUCAUUCUAGGGAAUUUUGUGAUCCCAUUUCUGUGUCAGACUUUCUAGAUAAGGAAGGUGUGGACAGUUGGCCCUGGGUCCCUGAGGAUGAGCUGGUAACCACACUCAUCCUGAGGAAUGGUGACCCCAGAGGUUUAUCCAAAGAACCACUGUAGAUUUCAGCAUCAUUCUGUCCCUGCAUCUUAUGCAAUCCUGGGUGUGGUCCCUCACUACCCACACCUCUGCCUCAUAUUCUUACUUCCUUUACCAGUUUCCCUCCUAUCUUUCUGUGAGUUCUUUGCCUCAUUGCCUGGAAUCUCUCCCUCCGCUCUAAGUCCUGACCCUGAGAACUUUUCAAGUUUCUGGUCCCAGUCUUUUGCUCCUCCCAUAUGUUAUCCCCUCUCAGAGCCAAGACUCAGCCCCAGGCCCUUUCUGCAUCUGUCUGGGAAACUAAGGACCCAUCCUUAUCAUCUGGCUGGACCUCAUCUCAUUGAUAUUCAUAUCAGAACUCUCUCUUCUCCUGCCUUCUCUCCCCUCCUGACUUCUCUUGUCACCUGUGGUUCUACCUAUUAUCAGCCCCAUACCUUAGAAUCACUUUGACUCCUGGCCUCCCUCCUCUCUGCUCCUCAGCUCACCAGAUCACCUAGUGUGUCUCUGGUCCCAGGGAUGGAAGGAAAAUGCCCAGUGGGGGCCCUGCCCCAGGAUUGCUGAUGUGUCCUCAGUCCUUAACCCCCUUCAUUUGCCUGGUCACUGGAUGACGGCAAGAGCUGGACCUGCUUAAAGCGCAGUGGAAUUUCCUCAUUGGUGAUCUGAGUAUCACCUCCCAAGGACACAGGCCUUGAGCCCCUUAGUCUUUCUGAGAGUUGAGGCACAUCACCAGCCUCCCUUAUAGGAGGGCCCUGUUGCCUCUGGCUUCAGGGCAGUGGAGGCAUAUCUAUCAUGGGAGAAACCCUUUGUUUUUCAUUAGUUCUCAUAAUGGAGAAUCACCUAAAGGCAGAGAAUUCCAAAGAACUAAUAACCUAGAACUCAUUUCUUUUGGGGUUUGGAGGGCACAAAACUAAUUUUGUUUGUUUUACAUUAAUGAAUUUGUCUUCAUUUUUUCCCCUGGAAAAUAAAAAUUAAGUUUAUUUACAUGCUUGCACUCAUGACAAAUUAUUUUGAUCCCUGAACCAGAGGUGGGAGAUUUCCAGGGUGACUCUCUGGGCUGAGUCCUCCUUUGUCAUUUACCCUCCUCAGACCACCCAGGUGAGCCACCUCUCAGCACCAACAUCACCACUGGGGUCUUUCCCAUCCUUGGCAUCCUUGGAAUCCUUUCCCAUCCUUCACCCUUCAGGGCUCGGGGAGAGAGAGUCAGCUGCCAGGGCUGUCUGAAGUGACAAGGCUUCAGGUUAGACUUGAAUUUCUUGCAUCUGGGCUAAUUAGUGUGGUGAUGCAUCCACCUAUAAAAAUUAUAGAGUGGCUCACUCAGGGGCCUUGUGUCUGUUGCCAGCAGUGGAAGGGAGGAGAGCUCUUCUCAGCUGAUUCCAGCACACUGACAGCUGAGGCUCAGAGGACCAGCCUCUCCCAUUGUCUCCUGAGCCCGAUCCUUCUUGACCAUCACCUCCUCCCUGCCCUAUGGCGGCUAUCACAGACCUCUCUUUUAUGUACCGCUGGUUCAAGAACUGCAAUCUUGUCCGCAACCUCUCAGACAAGUAUGUCUUCAUCACAGGCUGUGACUCGGGCUUCGGGAACCUGCUGGCCAAGCAGCUGGUUGAUCGGGGCAUGCGGGUGCUGGCUGCCUGUUUCACUGAGGAGGGGGCCCACAAGCUUCAGCAAGAUACCUCCUACCGGCUGCAGACCACCCUACUGGAUGUCACCAAGACCGAGAGCAUCCAAGCCGCGGCCCAGUGGGUGAGGGACCAAGUGGGAGAGCAAGGCCUCUGGGCCCUGGUGAACAAUGCUGGUGUGGGUCUGCCCAGUGGUCCCAAUGAAUGGCUGACCAAGGAGGACUUUGUGAAGGUGAUCAAUGUGAACCUGGUGGGACUGAUUGAAGUGACCCUCCACAUGCUGCCCAUGGUCAAGAAAGCACGGGGCAGGGUUGUCAACAUGUCCAGCUCUGGUGGUCGUGUGGCGGCCAUUGGUGGUGGCUACUGCGUCUCCAAGUUUGGCGUCGAGGCCUUCUCCGACAGCAUCAGGCGUGAGCUCCACUACUUUGGGGUGAAAGUCAGCAUCAUUGAACCGGGGAACUAUCGGACUUCCAUUUUGGGCCAGGAGGGCAUGGAGUCACGCUUGCAGAAGAUGUGGGACCGGCUGCCUCAGGAGACCCGGGAUAGCUAUGGAGAGGAGUACUUCCGUAUCUAUACUGAGAAGUUAAAAAACAUGAUGCGGUUGGCAGAGCCAAGGAUCAGCGACGUCACCAACAGCAUGGAGCAUGCCAUUGUUUCCCGGAGCCCCCGCAUCCGCUACAACCCUGGCCUGGAUGCCAAACUCCUCUACAUCCCCUUAGCGAAGCUGCCCACCCCUGUGACAGAUUUCAUCUUGAGCCGGUACCUUCCAAGGCCAGCAGAUAGUGUCUGAGCUGGGGAAGUCCAAGGAGUGGUCAGUUGAGUGUAGAGGAAGGGGAUGGGAGAAGGGACUGUGGGGUCACAAGAGGUGGCACCAGGUGUUCUGUGGACACUGUGCUUGGCUGACACCCACUGAUGGAGAAUUUAUGGGUAACUUCUAACAGAAGAUAAGUGCCUCUUCACACUCACUGGGGCCCCACAGAAACCCAAGGUAGCCUUUGCAGGUUCAAAGACCUGCAGCACGGCCCCAAGAACAUCUGUCACUCAAUCGUGAUAUGGCUUUUUCUGGACCUAGAAAAGUCAAGGAGAGGAAAACUAGCUCCUGCUGAAUCAUGAGCCUCCCUCAGUUAUCACUGCCACUGGGAAAGUUUGUGGCAUAACCUAGUCCACUAGAGAAUCUCAACCACUUUCCUAUUGGGUCUCUGAACAUGCAUUAACCUCAUUCACAAAACCCAUUAUUUGAAGUAUGUAGUAAGGCAGACUGGGAGUACAAGAUUGUAUCAGACAGAAGUUUAUAAUAUUUUCUCUCUCUUUAGAAUUCUCUAUCCAUAGGUGAUUGGGGUCCACAUGAAAUAAUAUUCAUUUAUUUAAUCAUCAUUGAUUAAUUCUUCAAAUAUUUAUUGAGUGCCUACUACAUACCAGGCACUGUGUAGGUGUUGGAAGGAUGUAAUAUGAUUAAAUCAUGGUCUUGGCUUAUUUUGUGUUUUUGUUUUUUUACAAAAUAUCUAGUAGUAGAGAUAGGACAAACAGUGAUAGAAGAAACAGAAAUAAAAUCUAAUUCUUAGAGCUGUAAAGAAUCUUAGAAGUUGUUUAAUUCAGUGGUUCCCAAACUUGGCUUUAUAUCGUAACUGCCUGGUUAAUUAAAAAUACAGAUUCCUAGGCCUCAAUGUUAGAAAACCUGAUUCAGUAGGCUUGGGAUGGGGCCCAGUAAUCUAUAUUUGUAACAAGGUCCUACAUGAUUCUGGUGUACCUGGGUACUAGGGAACUUUGAUAGUUCCAUAGAAGUAACUAAUGCUCAGAGGAAGAUGUGACCUACACAGUCCCCCAGUGUAGUGACCAAGACAAAACUCAGGUGUUCAGAUUCCCAGACUAAGGUUUUAAUUAUAGGAGAAUAAAAAUCUGAAAUUAGUGACAUUAUCAAAUAAGUCAUUGAACUAAAAAAUUUUAAAAGCCUUAAAUUCCUGAGCCAUACAAAGUUCUAUUGCAAAGACUUUUUUGAUCUUAAGGAAUGGUCAUGUAAUAAAGGUCAAAUGUGAAAUUUUUUAAUGAAAA